CCCCAAUCUGUACCCCGGGGGUGCUGACGCCGCGUGUCCCCGCGUGUCCCCGUGUCCCCAGGAUGAGCACGGCCGCCAGCCCCGAGCCCCUGCCCGAGCCCCCCGCCCCCGGGCCGCGCUGCCCCCCCCAGGAGGACCCCGAGUUCCUGCGGGCGCGGAGCGGGGCCGGGGACCUGCGCCAGGACUUCAACCUGAUGGAGCAGAAGAAGCGGGUGACAAUGAUCCUGCAGAGCCCGUCCUUCCGGGAGGAGCUGGAGAGCCUCAUCCAGGAGCAGAUGAAGAAGGGGAACAACUCGUCACACGUGUGGGCACUGCGGCAGAUCGCCGACUUCAUGGCCACCACGUCCCCUGCCGCCCUGCCCACCUCCCCCAUGGGGCUGGCGUCGGUCACCCCCAUCAAUGACCUGCAUGGGACAGAGGGGCCAGCACUGGCCAAGGGCGAGCGGCUGAUGCGCUGCAAGGUGGGCAGCAUCCACCGCCUGCUGGACCUGUACGGCUGGGCACAGCUGGGACACGCCGCUGUCACCCUGCGGGUCAGCAAGGAGCAGGAGCACUUCUUGGUGGCCCCGCAGGGGCUGGCGUGCAGCGAGGUGACAGCGGCCAGCCUGGUGAAGGUGAACGUUCUGGGGGCCGUGGUGGAGCAGGGCAGCACCGGCUUCGCCCCCGACGCUCGCAGUUUCAGCCUGCACGCCGCGAUCUACGCGGCGCGCCCCGACAUCCGCUGCAUCGUGCGGCUGCACACCCCCGCCGCGGCCGCCGUGUCGGCCAUGCGCUGCGGGCUCCUGCCCAUCUCCCGCGCCGCUCUCCUCCUGGGGGACGUCGCCUACUUCGACUUCCGCGGGGAGGUGGAGGACGAGGCCGAUCGCGUGGAGCUCCAGAAGUGCCUCGGGCCCACCUGCAAGAUCCUGGUGCUGCGGAACCACGGCGUGCUGGCGCUGGGCGACACGGCCGAGGAGGCUUUUUACAGCACCUUCCACCUGCAGGCGGCCUGCGAGGUGCAGGUGUCGGCGCUGGCGAGCGCGGGCGGCGCGGAGAACCUGAUCGUGCUGGAGCGGGCGGCGCAGCGCGGGCCCCACGGGCCGGGGGCCGUGCGCCGCGCCGGGGCCACCUUCGGGCCCCUGCACAAGAGCCGCCUGGGCGAGCACGAGUUCGAGGCCCUCAUGAGGAUGCUGGACAACCUGGGCUACCGCACGGGCUACACGUACCGCUACCCCUUCGUGCAGGAGAAGAGCAAGCCCAAGAGCGACGUGCUGAUCCCCGCCACCGUCACGGCCUUCGUCUUCGAGGAGGAGCCCGCCGGGACCCCUGCCCUGCGCCAGCACGCCCAGAAGCAGCAGAAGGAGAAGACCAGGUGGCUCAACACCCCCAACACCUACACCAGGGUCAACCUGGCCGAGGAGCCGCAGGGCAGCGCCGGCGGCCAGAGGACAAAGACCACGUGGCUGCGGGCAGACGAGGUGGAGAAGGGCAGCAGUGGGACCCCCAUCCGCAUCGAGAACCCCAACCAGUUCGUGCCGCUCUACACAGACCCGCAGGAGGUGCUGGAGAUGCGCAACAAGAUCCGCGAGCAGAACCGCCAGGAUGUGAAAUCAGCCGGGCCCCAGUCGCAGCUGCUGGCCAGCGUCAUCGCCGAGACCAGCCGCAGCCCCUCCACUGAGAGCCACCUGGGGGACGCAGAGGCCAAGGAGGGCAGGGAAGAGGCUCCCCCCGAGCCAGAGCCCCCCAACCCCUUCAGCCAGCUCACGGACCAGGAGCUGGAGGAGUACAAGCAGGAGGUGGAGAGGAAGAAGCGCCUGCAGGGCGAGAGGGACGCGGCAGCAGAGGACAGCGGGGCUCCCCCUCCAGAGCCACCCCCUCCGGAGCCCCCAGCGCCUGCGGAGCCAACGGAGGGUGAUAAGAAGGCCGAUGGUGGCCAAGCCCCCCCUGAUUCCACUGCCAAGAAGGAGCCACCAGCGGUGGUGAACGGGAAGGAUGAAGAGCAAAGCACUGAGGAAAACCUUGGAAAAGGGGGGACAGACCGGACAACCACCAACGCUGACCAGGACGCCCCCAAGGAGAAGGAGACAGUGACCAGCAACCCGGUGUCCCCCGACGGUUCACCCUCCAAAUCACCCUCCAAAAAGAAGAAGAAAUUCCGGACCCCGUCCUUCCUGAAAAAAGGCAAAAAGAAGGAAAAGAUCGAAUCCUGAGUCUCCCGAGGCCUCGCGCGUGGGAUCCCCGGGAUCUCUGAGACCCCCGGAACCCGGCUGUUUUCCGGGCCCUCCUGGCACAAGGCACCUGGUCCCCCUUGUCACCCGCCUCUGGGGGCGGUCACCGAGCUUAGAGAGACUGUGGUCCCCGUUUGGGGAAACUCCCGCUGCACCUCCCUCCCCCCUCUCCCUCCUGGGCUCCGGCCCCUUCCCACCGUGGGCCGAGAGUUGGGUUUUCUCCACCAGAGCCCAGAUCUGCUUGAUUUGAGGAAGAAAAGGGUGUUUUGUGGUUAUUUUCUUCACCUUCUGUUUCAAGCUCUGCUGGAAUGGCGCUGGCUUCAUCCCCAGGGAAAACUGUCCGUCGCUUUGCCAGGAGAACGGGAUCGAGCUGAAGGCGGGGGAUUGCUUUUCCUCGAGGAGGAGCUGAGGUUUUUCCUCCCUGGAUUGUAAUCUUCCUCUCCGUGGGCUCAAGAACCACUUCAUCCCCUUCUCCUGGUAUUCCCAGCCUGUGUUUUCCCCACCCAAGGAAGAGCAGCAGGAUUUCCCACCGCUGGAAAAGCCCCCACCUCACUGCACGACCCGCACCUGGGAAAAUAGGGAAAAAAAAAAAACCCUCCGGGAAUUGUCUGUGUUGUUUAAAACUGAGCAAAACUCACUCACUAAGUGCUACUUCGGGAUGAACACACGCUGCCAGUUCCUGCUGGCCUCUGCUCACGGCCACGCUGGCCCCCUGCUUUUCCCAGCUCUGGAAUUCCCAGCACAAGUUCCAUCCUUCCUGGCGUUCCCUUCCCUCCCAGCGUUACAACCUCCUGGCUACGCCCUGCCCGGGAGAGCCCCAGCCGUGCCCGUGUCCCCCACAGCCCUUCCAGCGCUGGGAUUUGGGGAUAAAUCACCGGGAUCAGCCCCACAUCCUCCCCCUUUCCUGGGGGGCUCGCCCUGAGCCUUGCUGCGUCCAUGGAGCCCUGCCCAGGAGGUCUGGAAUGCCCCAGAACCCCUGUUUGGGGCUCCCCCACCCCAGCAGGGUUUUCCCACGUGCCAUCACCGUGGUUUCAAACCCUUUCACUGCUGUGAGACAGCUCGUGGGGGUUGGAUCCCCUCUGGAAGAGCAGGAAGCCCAUGGAACAGGGGCUGCAGGAAACAGCAGGGAGAGCCCAGGCAGGGAUCUUGACAGAGCCCCAACCUGAGCCUGGAUUUUGGGAAGAGCCUUUGCCCUGCCCAGUGUCCCCCCAGAGGUCCCCAUCCCACUCCUGCAGGAUGGGGGGCACCGAGAGGACACUCUGAGCCCCUAAACCCUGUCACUGGGGGGGCUGUUCCUCACUGCCACUGAUUUUAAGGCUCUUUGAGGCCAUUUUUGCCCCUGGGCCUGUUCCACCCGGGUGACCCAGGGCAGCAGAGCCUGCAGAGACAGCCGUGUCACCUCCCUGGGGUAGCACUGUCACACCUGGGGGCAAUUCCUGAAUGACAGCACUGCCACACCCCCAGCCCAACCCGGGGGCUCCCCCAGGGGUUUUGUUCCCACUUUGUUAUUGGAAGUGUGUCCCCAGGGCCUUUGUCACCCCUUUUCUCCCCAAGGUUCUGUCCCUGGGGCCUUUGUCACCCCUUUUCUCCCCAAGGUUCUGUCCCUGGGGCCUUUGUCAACCCUUUUCCCAAGGGCCAAAAGCUUUGCAGGGAUUGACUUCCCUCUCCAUGAAAUUCCAGGGAGCUCCAGGUAGAAAGGGACGAAGGCUCCAGUGCCACCAUCAUCACCAUGAUGGAGAGCAACAGAGCCAUGAUCACACCCCGGGACCACCCCUCGGGAAAUUCCCCCAGCCCACCACCCUGCCUCCCCCUCCCCUCGCUCCAGCACGGCUCAGGGUAAGGCAAAUCCCUGAUCCAGGACCUCCACAUCCGCAACUCCGCUGGAAAACAGGGGCUGAUGCCACCUUGGCAGCGGGGAAGGGCGAGUCCAGCUGGGCUCAGCACCUCUCCUCCCACCCGGGGCUGCCCACCGGGAAAGGUCCGGGUGGCAGGGUGGGCGUUGGACCCCCGGAAUGGCACCGGGAGGAGCCGGGGUGUGGCAUGUCCCCGCGUGUGACAAUCGCGGCCGGGAGCGCGCGGAACGCCGGUGUAAAUAAACCCCGUGUUUGGCACCCGGCA